AAGCCUGACUUUAGGAAUCAGAGUGGGAGGGGUCUGGGAAAAGACAAGAAGAGGGCGGUGCUAACCUCUUCAUAUUCCUAAAUGUCAAUGAACUCUGCCGCAAGUUGAAGCCUGAAGUGCGUGGGAUAGAAUAAAUUUGGGUAAUGACUGCACAGCUUUCAGAUAAUACGAGUUAAGUCUAACGAGGUUUCUACACUAUGACAGAAACAGAAACAAGAUUCCGUUCCAGUCUGUUGUGUUUCUAAAUUUCUGCGUGGUAACCGUUUGUAGUUAUUUUAUAUUUUAAAGGAACGUGUUGGAUUAUUAACGACUGGAUUAUCCUUGGAUCAAGCUGUUGAGGGCGCGUUCCUGCUUUAGCGGAACGACAGGUGGCUUUAUGUAGAAGUAGCUACAACAACUCCUUCAGAAUGAGACUGUGGACUUUACUUGUCAUUAUCCCGGUGUGCGCAUCCUCUCCUCUUUCAGCCGAAACGUCUCAACUCAAAGGUCCAGCUGUGGAGAGCCGCUGCUCUGGCCGAGCCUGCAACCCCCGCAUGGGCAACUUGGCCCAGGGUCGAGAGCUGAGCACCCAGUCGGUCUGCGGCUCGAACUCCUCGGAGCCUUACUGCUUCUACAAACAGACUGCUGCCCCGCGCAGCAGGGAGUCCUGCUCGGAAGCAAAAUGCAGCAAGUGCAACUCUGCUAUCCCCAGCCAGGCGCACCCUCCCUCUGCCAUGAGCGACUCCUCUUUCCGCUACCCUGACACUUGGUGGCAGUCUGCAGAGGGGGUGAAGGAGGAGACGCUCCAGCUCGACCUGGAGACGGAGUUCCUCCUCACCCACCUCAUCCUGGUGUUCCGCUCUCCCCGCCCCGCUGCCAUGGUGCUGGAGCGCUCCCAAGACCAUGGGCACACAUGGAAGGCCCUCAGGUAUUUUGCCUGGGACUGUGAGGAGGUGUUUGGCCUGAAAGAGGGGUCGUCAGUCGGGGAGAGUGGUGCAACUUGCACCUCCAAGUAUUCUGGAGCUUUCCCUUGUACCAGAGGAGAGGUGAUCUAUCGAGCCUUGUCGCCCUGGCACUCAAUGGAUCCCUAUGGACCGUCUGCCCAGGACCAGCUCAUGAUCACCAACCUGAGAGUCCGUCUGCUGCAGCGCCAGCCAUGUCCCUGCCAGACCAAACAUCCCGGUGCCACCGUCCUCCCCACAGACCAUUAUGCCAUCUAUGAUUUUAUUGUCAAAGGCAGUUGCCUUUGUAAUGGACAUGCUGACCACUGUGUGCCAGCCAUAAACUACCAACCCAGCCAACAGAAGCCCAAUAGCAUGGUCCAUGGCAAGUGUGUUUGCAGGCAUAACACAGCAGGUGACCACUGCGAGCGCUGUGCACCCCUCUACAAUGACCAACCCUGGCAGGCUGCCAACGGCAUCACUAGGACACCACAUGAGUGCCAGAAGUGCAAGUGUAAUGGUCAUGCCAAGAGCUGUCACUUCAGUCGUGGAUUGUGGCUAGCAACAGGACGGCGCAGUGGUGGCGUGUGUGACGACUGCUGCCACAACACAGACGGCCGGCACUGCCAGAACUGUAAGAGGGGCUUCUUCAGAGACCCCGGCCGACCAAAAACUGCCGCUGACUCCUGCAAACCCUGUUCCUGCCACCCUGUAGGCUCUGUCCUCUCAGGAGGUAGCACUCUCUGUAACCCUAGCAGUGGGCAGUGCACUUGUAAGCCUGGUGUUGGAGGCCCCCGCUGUGACAGCUGCAUGCUGGGAUACUGGGGGCUUCAUGAAUACGGCUGCCGUCCGUGUGACUGUACAGGGGACUGUGACCCAUACACCGGUGACUGCAUUUCUGGCUCAAAUGUGGAGGUCUUCUAUACAGCCACUGGCCACAUGGGACACAGCAGCAAUAAUAGUGAGACGGCACUCUUUAGGGUAGAGGAGCUUUUCUCUGCACUGCACCACUCUGAGAAAUGUGAGUGUGUAGAAGUAACCCUUGGCAGCCCUAAACUCUUCUGUGCUGCGGAGUAUGACUAUGUGCUGGUGGUGAGGGUAAUGUCAGCCCACGAUAAAGGCUCCCAUGCGGAGGUGGAGGUCAAGGUCAAGAAGGUCUUGCACCAGAACCCACAUAUGAAGAUCCACAGGGAAAGCGUCACCCUUUACCCAGAAUCCUGGACCAACCAAGGCUGUACCUGUCCCAUCCUCAACCCAGGAUCUGAGUAUGUAGUGGCUGGUCAUGAGGACUGGAAGACCGGCCGACUGAUGGUCAACACCAAGAGCCUGGUUAAACCCUGGAAGUCAAGCCUGGGACGCAAAAUCCUCCACAUCCUCAGAAAAGACUGUGGCCAAUGGUAGGGCAUUGCCAAGAACUGCACUGGACAGAGGGAUGGCGAGGUGGAGGAUCAUUUUGUUGGAUGAUUUAAGGAGUGUACAAAAUGAACAGAGGGACUUAGGCAUUGCUUGGAUGCUAAAAUGAAAGCAAAACCCCAUGCCUACUACAGGGAUUUCACUGUUUCUUCUGUUUCCAAAGUGGAAUCCACAGCCCCAAGAAACAGCUGCAAUGCUAUAAAGCUGUGGUUGUUGUUAACCUGUGGUAAAAUUAAGCACAUACUGUAAGCUGAUACCUCGCCAGACUAUAGUCACUUAAGAAUCAAAGAGAACAAAGCAAGCCAUAAAGACUUUCAUCUGGACAAAGUGGAUUUUAGACUUUCAUUCCUGUUUUACUGUAUGAUAUGCUUCAGUUUAUAAUUCUUUCUAGGUUAUUCAUAGCACAAUAAUGAAUGCAUGUUAAAUACUCCGGCAUACUUCAUUUCCUGGCCAAAGAUGCUGCCAGAGUUGAUGAGCCAAAACACAGUUACGUCCUACUGUUUCUAUUUCAUUGAGAGCUGUUUACUUUGAAAUCUUGCAAAGGCGCAGACUGAAUUAUCUUUGACGUCUCACAGAUAUUGGCGAUAAAUCAUGAAUGAGUCAACAUCAGAAUAUGUGUGAGAGUGGAUGUGCUUGAUGUCCUUGUCAGGGAGUCUGGGACUGUGCAGGUCAGAACAAGUAACUCUUGGAUGAGGGGAGAGGAUGAAAAAAACAUUAAAGGAAUCAGGCGGCCUAAUCUGAACAGCUCUGCUCUGCUCCGGCACACUUGCCCGCCUGCUGUCUGACAAGAGCAAAACACACUCCGCUCCUCCACUCUCUGGUCUGUUGUACAUGCAACCAGCUAAAGCACUCAAUAUUGAGUUUGCUCUUCCAGCUGGUUCAGUUACAAGAGCGGAUCAUUGUCAGGUUGCUUAAGUCAGACUUGAUUCUGUGAGGAUUUUCUGACCUGCUUCCAUAUGAGAAGGAUUCACUUGAGAAGGCCUCUCUGAAACUGACCCUGUGGGAGCCAGUGUGAGUGUGUGUGUGUGUGUGUGUGUGAGAAAGAGAGCACACACUCUUAGUAUAUGCUUCUUUUUUUUGGCCUGUGACUCCUGCUGCCCCAAAAUAAAUAUGUAUUAAAAGCCUGGGUAUUCAUUGACAUCACAGUGUAUCAGGUCCAGAGUCCACAGGCCAUUUUUGAGCCAGGCCCAAUUAAGAAUAGGCCUGGUCCGCUGUCUCCAAGGAGAAGGACAAACUCUGUGAGGAGACAUGAUGCAUUCCUCAACCAUGACAUCACCGCACAUGUCCUUGUCCCAAAGACUUUACCAAAAGAAGAGAACAUGGGCUGGAAAUUUUCUUUGCAAAGGACAAAGGUGAUUUAGGGUGCAUGAAUGUACUCUGCUGUCAAUGUGAUAUUUGUAACACUAUUUCUGUGUCCUUUAAAAAAAAAAUCUGAACUGCAUAAACUACUAGCCUAA